AUGUGCAAGCCCAACAAGUCUCUGCGCAUGACUGUUCGUGCUUUCAUCAAGGCCGAGGAGAAGAAGAAGAUUGCCGCCGCUGAGGCUGCUGCAGCCGCACAAGCCGAACAAGAGGAGACCGCCGCCCAGGUACCGGAACAACCCACAGAACAGCCACAAAUAGAGUCCGACAUUCAGAUCGAGGCAGUUGCCGAACAGCCGCAAGAAGAAGAUGUGGCCUCCACGGAUGCGACUGAAGGCGCUCUUGCGCCAGAGGCUACUGACCCUCUUGCCCAGGUCGAGGAGGUGAGAUUGCGACGAAUCACCAGCCAAUAUGACAUUCUGACGUGUGUAUACAGAUUNUCUGAGCACCCAGCAAAUGGAGAGCCCUCAGAUCUGGACCAAGCCGAACAAACAACUGGAGCUGAGGAAGAUACUGUCCAGCAGUCAAUCGAAGGAGGCGAUUCUGAAAAUGUUGAUNNGUCGAGCAGAAGAACGAGACGGAACAGAGCGAAGACCAACAACAAAACCAGAAUGGACAGGACGCCACUCAGCAAAACUUCCAAAACAUGGACUGGAACGCCGCUAACGGAUUCAACCCUAUGA